AUGGCGAUUUUGAAUCCAGAGCCGAAGGAGCGCUUCCACACAACCUUUGUCAGGUAUUUCUUGAUAUUUUCCUCUUCCAUCAACUCCUUUAUUUUCGUGACUGUUCUUCUCGUUGGAGCGCUCUACCAUCAUAUCUUAGAUAAGCUUUCCGGCCGAGAGAAGAACAAUCAACCCAGGAAGGACAAUGAUACAGAGAAUUAUAAGGUGAGAGAACCAUUUCCAAACAUCGAAAAGAUGAAAGUCACACUCGAUUUGAGAUAUUAUGCCCAACUCCUAGAUCUUGAUUUGGAAGAGUACACCAUCACCACCAAGGACGGCUACGUUCUUACGUUGCACAGACUAAUUGAUCCUAAGGAUAGUGAUGAGCAAAGGACAAGUAAGCCUCCUCUUUUAUUGCAGCAUGGCUUGUUGCUGUGCUCGGGGGCAUGGCUCACCCCGGGUCGGAACUCUCUAGCGUACUACUUCAUGGAACAGGGCUACGACGUGUGGAUGGGCAACAAUCGUUGUGGUUUUGAGCCCAAACAUGAAGAACUCCCGGGAAAUUUGUUUCACAGCGAAAAGUUUUGGGACUGGGAUGUCAGAUGGCUCGCUUACUACGACUUGCCUUGUAUCAUUGAUAAUGUAUUGCAACACAAACCCUUGCAUCAAAAAUUGUUUUUAAUUGGCCAUCUGCAAGGCUGCACCCAGUCGCUUUUGAUGUUGAGAAAUGGCGAGCUUGCCCAAACUCACAAGAAAAUCGAGUGCUUCUUUGCAUUGGCUCCAGCCGCGUUUCCAGGUGCCAUGUUCCACGAUAGAUCUUUCAUCAAGUUCAUGCACAACCGUUCCCUCAAGGGCUUCCGAUUCGUUUUCGGCAGUUGCUGCUACUUGAAACUCUUGGGGGUUACUAGGUCUCUCAUUGGCACUACAUCUUUAUUCAAGACACUCUCGUAUAUCAUGUUCAAAUAUCUCUUUGGAUGGAGCAUCAAAAACUCUUAUCAUGAUCAAAAAGUUAUACAUGUUCAGUUCUUGUUCAAUAUUAGUUACAUCUCUUCAAGGCUCAUGUCAUGGUGGCUUUCCGAGCCGGUCGAGGAAGGCUUCCUGAACCAAUUGCAACCUAAACAGGCUUAUUUGGAUGGAUCGAAUGCUGCGUUUACUCCAGCUGCUUCUUUGAUCACCAAACCCGAGCAAGACGGAGUGGAAAGAGAUCCCGAAGAGAAAACAUCGGCCUCUGCUCAAUUGGAGAAGAAAGUUUCACGCUCAUCCAUCAGCCAUUCCUCACCUGCCAAGAAAGAAACCCUCUUGAAGGAUGACUCGAAAACGUUCUUCCCCUACAAGGAGGAGUGGUUUACUUCAACGGCAUUGGCAGAAAUUAUCCCCAUGGUAGCUUUCAUAGGCGGUGAGGACUUUUUAGUCGAUGGUCAAAGAUUCAUCACUCAUAUGAGACACUACGAGCGUCAUUACUUCCGAGAAGGCGGAAACUUGGAACUAUAUGAGAUUCCUGACUACAAUCAUUUAGACGUUAUUUGGGCACUGAAUUGUAUUGGCCAAAUUGGUAUGCCAAUCGAUGAGAAAAUCAAGGCCAUUCUUGCUCAGAACAAUUAG